UAUACGUUUUUGUAGGUCUCUUGCUCGUAGACACCAUUAACCACAAUGCACCGCCGUCUAAACACGAAACGUGAUUGGUUACUGAAACUCGUUCCAGGAAGUGAUUUCCAUUUGCCGACCGAAAAUCCUCGUCAACUUUUUCGUUCUUUCAUCAGACAACAUGGCCGGCAGGAGAGUUGUGGCGUUCCCUUCCUCAGCUGAGCUUGGCCCGGCGCUGGCCCGACUGGUGACCUCUCGGGCGGAGCGGGCGGUCGGCUCCCGGGGCAGGUUCACCCUGGGCCUCUCCGGAGGGAGCCUGGUGACCAUGCUCGGCAAAGAGCUGCUUGCUGCGCCCGGCCUGGACUGCAGCAAGUGGCUGGUGGGCUUCUGCGACGAGAGAGUGGUGCCAUUUGACAACCCCGACAGCACCUAUGGCCUCUACAAGAGUAAUUUAUUUUCAAAGAUCAACAUCCCAGAGGACGCAAUCUUAGCCAUUGACUUCUCACUUCCAGUGAACGAGUGCGCUGAGGAUUACUCUCGCAAACUGAGAAAGGCAUUCCCCGAUGACAACAUUCCCGUGUUUGACCUGCUCCUGUUGGGCAUGGGGCCUGAUGGACACACAUGCUCCCUCUUCCCCGGACACCCUCUUCUUGAGGAGAGCCAGAAGAUCGUGGCUCCCAUCAGCGACUCCCCCAAACCACCGCCGGAGCGCGUGACCAUGACCUUUCCGGUGGUGAACGCCGCCCGCUGCGCCGCUUUCGUUUCCACCGGCGGAAGCAAAGCGCCCGUUUUGAAGGAGGUUCUGGAGGGACGAGAGGGUCCGCCGUUCCCGGCAGCCCGCGUCUCCCCGACGAACGGGGAGCUGUUGUGGCUCAUCGACGAGCCCGCCGCCGCUGCCUUGACUAUGAAGGUGGAGAGGCUGGCUUCUGGGGCCAAACUUUAGAACUUUCCAACAAGCAAGAAGCUGGAAUCCUUCUUUCAUUCCCAGUGAUCGUUUUGUCCAGACCAAAUGGAGACUUACUGAGGAGAGAGGCUUGUGUGUUCUUCGCACUUACCGGAAGAUUCCACGUGUUUGCCUAUGUCUAGAAGCAUAGAAAAGUCUAAUAAUUUAGCAUUAUUUUUGUAGUAUGAGGACAAUAAAUACAUGUUUGAUGA